AAAUCUCGGCGAGAAAGUGAAUAAUUCCCCAAUUAAAUGCCGAACUAUAGACUACUUUAAAAUAUUAAUUCAGACUUGGAAACUUUCUCAAACCUCAACAACAAACAGGUGGAGUUUUAUUCUGAAAAUGAGGACGGAAGUGACGGAUAACCCGCUCCGUUGCUCCAUGGCUGUUUCUUCUUCUUCUUCUCAGAGCGACAACCGCACCGACCAGAGACACACGCAGCUCAUAAAUCAUCCGUCUUUACUGCACCUCAUCCCGCCAACAGACCAGUAAAUCAUCCCUCAGCGCAAACCGGGGCUUUUAUUUGAUUAUGCAAACAUAGUGUGAGCCUAUAAAUAUGCUGCUGUGUUCACAUUUCGGCAGGAGAAGAGGUCAGCCUUAGAAUAAACUAGAAUAAACUCCACACAACUUCAGCUCCACUCCGGAGAGGAGGAAAGUCAGCAGCUGAGACUGGACUGAGAACGAGGCUGUUUCAUAUGAAAGUGUGCAGGGAACAAAAAACACUUGCUGUGGACUCUCUGAUCGUCUCUUUGCUGAUUUUCUACGUUUGUUGAACACUUGAGCCAGUCCUGAUGGAGGCCAGAGGAAAGUAUGAUUUUGCUGCGACAGCAGACGACGAGCUCAGCUUCAGAAAGGGCGAUACACUGAAGAUUUUAAGCCCACAAGACGAGUGGUAUAAAGCAGAGUUGGACGGAAAGGAAGGAUUCGUACCACAAAACUACAUCGAGAUGCAGACUCCGAGGUGGUUUCAGGAGAACGCCAGUCGCAGCGCUGCAGAGGAAGUCCUCCGGCACAAAGGUUUGGGAGACUUUUUGAUCCGAGGAUGCCAGAGCUCCCCGGGAGACUUCUCCAUCUCUGUCAAACACGAGAGUGACAUUCAGCACUUCAAAGUGAUGAAAGACAACAAGGGCCAGUACUUCCUGUGGUCUGAGAAGUUCACCUCCCUAAACAAGCUGGUGAACUUUUAUAAGUCUACCUCCAUCUCUAAAACCAGGGAGAUCUACCUCAACGACGGCAGCUCUGACAGUAAGAGCCCCUCCGUGGUCCAGGCGGUGAAGAGGGGAAGUUUGCCUGAACAACGAAGCGCCGCUGCAGCCGUAGCUCCUUCACCGCGCAGAUCUUCAGACCAGCCACACAACCAGCUGGCUAAGAAAGUGGGUCUGGAGGAGCGAGCUCACACCAUCGGUCACACAGGAAGAAACAGCCCCGUCCCAGCUGCUAAUCCUCCCCGUCGUACAUCGGACACCAUGCCUCUCCCUCAGAGGGCAUCCACGCUGCAGGUGAAGGCGCUGUACGCCUUCACCGCAGAAGAAGCCGACGAACUCGGUUUCGGCUCCGGUGACAUCAUUGAGGUGUUGGAUCGCUCUGACGCGUCGUGGUGGAGAGGGAGGCUGCGGGGGAAAAGCGGGCUGUUUCCUGCUAACUACACAAUACAGCUGUGAGAAACAAGCCGAGGCGAUGCCGUUACUCUGCCUGCACGUAUUCACAGACUGCAGGUGCUUCAUGAACAUAAAGACUGACUCAUCUAAUCUCUGCACCACAUGUUCAUCAACACGCCGCUGCCCAAAAGACUGAGAGUCACACAUCAUAUUCACAUACAGUAUAUCCCGCAGACUGGAGCAGAGACAGGAACUUCCUAAAACCUGCUGCAGAUGGCAGCGAGAAACGUUUCAUUAUCUGUAUCACGACAUGUCUGACGGCAGGUAUUUAUUUGUAAAAUGCUCGCUGCUGAUGAACCGUUUCUGCUUGUGUUGUAAGUGUAGUCAUAUUUUAUACCACAAAAAGUUUUGUAUGAAAAAUUCAGUAGAUUUCUCAAGAAGUCUGAAUGCUUAACAUAGACGUGUAACUUCCUCGCAAUAAAAUCUUUUUUUAUCUCCGA